CAACAUUUCCUGCUGCCAGCACUGUAGGCACUUCUGCACUUGACUGAUGUGAAAAUUGAAAAUUCCAACUCCAGCUCGCGGAGCCAGAGAGUGAAGAGCGCGCGUGAGAGCCCACUUGCCAGCACUCACACAUGCGCGCUCAUGCAAGGAGCUAACCGUGAGCGGUGAGCGAGCAGUGGAGAGCGCGAGCAAACGGCUGAAGGAAACCGCUCGGCAGCAGUUGGCAGAGCGACCGAGCAAUAGCAGCAGCAGCAACCAAGCAGUCAGCAGCCAGCAGAGUGAAAUUGGAAAAGUCACCCGUGCAGCCAGUUUGGCCAGUUUGGCCAGUUUGAGUGAGCGUCGAGGUCAGCAGGUAGCAGCAGCCAAGCAGUGCGCGUUUGCCCUCGCGUUUUGUGUCCUCCGUGUGUGAAUCCUUUUUUCAGUUUCGGUUUUUCCGUUUUUUAAUCUUGCGAGCUGCCCGUUACUUGCGCCCGUCCGCUGUCCGCGAAAGUGUGAGUGGUGCCAAUGGUGGAAGUGUUGUUACAGCACCAGCAGCAGCAGCAGCAGCAGCAGCGGCGGCAGCUCGAGUCGUCGGUGUCAGUGUCGGUGCGGUCGUGGAGCAGUGUCGCUAGUGUGGCGUUUGUCGCCCGCGGUGUCCGUCUGUGUGGGCCCGUGAGCCCGGUUUCGGUGGUGGUGCAGGGUGCGUGCGCGCGUGACCGUUGCGGGCACUAAGAGCGUGAAAAGAGCGUGUAAGAAAGGGAAGCGAGCAGGGCAAACGGCACCGCGCAAAGCGAAAGAAGCAAGAGAAGAGGAAAAGGAAGCAAGCGAGUAAGGUUGUAGAAGCGAGCGAGCGAAGAAGAAAAAGAAAAGCGGGUGCAAGCGAACGGGGCUGCCGGAACGCACUGUGGCGAAGUUGUCGUGGCAUUGCCGGAAGUGACGUGCUGGGGGGGAAGACGAAGAACAGGCGCGCGGCAACCGAGGGGCGGGAGGAGGAGGAGAAGGAGGCGGGACGUUACGGCGCAUCGGCGGACGAUGAUGGUGGGGCCAUGAGCCCGAGCCCCGAGGUCGUUGCGAGCCGCAAGCGCGUCUCAAGCGGGCCUGCACCAUGCUAGCGCCGCCGAACCCGAGGUCAAUAUGCGGCCAGGACCCGGGCUGGUCGUGAUGGCGCUUGCGUUUAUUUCGGGGGCUCGGCGAGGCACCGGUCAACAGAGCAGCAGUGCCAGUCAGAGUGGCAGGUUGGGCAUAGUUGGAGAAGACAAUACGGGAGCAGGCGGCGCACUAACGCGGAUCAAUCCGUGGCUUUCGGCGUGCGAUCUGGAGCAGCCCAACUCGGCACCGGAUCUCCAGGGUCAAUGUUCAGCCGGUACACUGCCUGUGGCCUGGAUAGACGAAGGUCCUGGACCACCGCGGUGUCCACCGCCAUGUGCAACGCUGCGUGCGCAUGCCGCGUCUAAUAAUAAUAAUAAUAACAUUAAUAAUAAUAAAAAUAAUAAUAAAAAUAAUAAAAAUAGUAAUAAGCCAUACAAUAUUGAUAAUACUAAAUAUAACAUGGAGAACCGGUUAAAUGAUAAACAACAGUGCCUUGACUAUUUGGGCGAUAAUGAAGAGUUAAGUCCAGCACAAAUUUGUAAAAAAUCGUCACAAAGUAUUGAGACCAAGCUGCAAACAUUACGUUUAAGACAUUGUUGUGAGCGUACCGUUGGCAGUGCUUUACACAACGCAGCCUACGCCGACGUGCUGCACGGCGGACCGGGCUGCACCGGGCGGCUGACCGAGCUGCUCGAGACGGACGCGCUGGCGGCACGGAUCACAUGCGAAUUUACCGAGGUGCUGAUACGGUACGACUGCGGACAGCCGUACUCUAUCAUCCACCACUGUGAGGAUUGUAAGGAGGCAUAUCGAAGGUGGGGCUGCAGUGUUUUUAUACCGUACUUCACGUCGAGGGACGACAUCAAAAGUGUUAACAAUAAAACCGGUGAUCGAGACAGUGACCGUGCUACCCAGGGGAAAUCGAACGCCAUCUUUGGGGACGCCGCGAACAAGCAGACUGAACCGAACAUGAACGAUGCAAACAAACAGCAACUAGUAAAAAAUAUAUCAAUCACUGUAAAAAGUUCACGCCGAAAAACGCAACGAGUACGAAUACGACCAUGUCUAAACGUAUGCCAAACCGUAGAGCAAAAGUGCCCGUAUAUGCUGCCGGGCGAUCGGGCUCCAGCCUAUCCGACGCAGUACGCCGGCGAACCGACGUUUCUUUGUCGAGAUCUUAACAUCGAAGAAACGGGCGAACAACUGCGAAAGUCAAACAACGGCCCGACCGGUUGCUGCUACGACUACUGCGGCCUGAGCCCGAUCGACGGCCUGUGCGCACGCUGUGAUCCGCUGCAUAACGAGACGCGCCACCCGGACAGUGCGGCGCUAGCGUUGAGCAGCGAACCACCGGCGAUAUCGGCCAGCUGCCCGAGCAUCACCACCCCGACGAGCAGCUCCUCCCAGUCCGAGCAGUGCCGGUUGUCGCAGGGCAGCAUCGCGUCCACCGCUACGACCAGCUCUCCCAGCACCACCAUCACCGCCACCACUGCUGGCCGCAGCAGCAGUACCACCGCCAGUACCACCGUCAGUAGCCGAAGAGUAGUAGUGGGAGACAGUACCACCACUACCACGGCGAUGUCAAUGCCGUCGGGCGUUUCGUCGCCCGUGCGGGCCGUUUCGUCUCUGCUGCGUGCGGUCUGCGCACUCGGCUCGGUCUACCGGACGCACACGAGCGGUGUGCAGUCGUGGAUCGCGAUGGUGGCCGUACUGACCGUCGGUACCGAACUGGUCGCCUGGACGAAGCAGCUGGUCCAUCUGCUGGUGGUGUUAUAGCUCGCGGUCCGAGGGCUCCGGCAGCUGAACCGGACCGCAACAUUCUGCCCCCGGUUUGACCGGCUGCACCACCAGCAAUGUACCACCAUCAGCAACAAAGUACCCCGUCUCAGGACACUUCCGUUUGGGGGAACGACGAACCGACGAACCGUAACGCACGGGUAAGGUCAAAUGUGUCAAGCAGUGUGUAAAUCAUACCGGAGGAGAAUUGCAGUGCGCUACAUCAACGUUAAGCGCAUGACUGUAGCGUGUUGCAAAAUGCGAGAAAAAAAAAACAGAAGAAAAAAACAAACAAACCAAACCGAAAAUGAAAAACUACACCAUAGCAAGUGUCACAUUGAAAGAAGCAACACAAAAACAAAACAACAAACAAAACAAAGAAAAAAGAAAACCCCAAAUAAUAAUAAUAAAUAAUAAUAAUAAUAACGAUAAUAGCGGCAAAUUGAGAGUCCAAUAGGGGUGCGAAAUAGCGAUCAGAUUUUAGGAGCAAAUCGAAGCACCGUAUAGCGAAAGUGAAAAAUGCGUUCGCCGAAACGAAACAAAAUGACACACACUCAACAAUAAGCUAAAUAAGAAAAAAAACACAACCACAAACACACACAUGUCACACAACACACUCAAACAAAAACUAGUGCAAUAAACGAAAGAAAAACACCCAAUCCAAUUUGAAGAGAAAAGAAAAAUUAUCGAAUAUUGAAAGAGAAACAUUGAGUAGUAAAUGAAGAAAACAAACAAACAAACAACACUACAGAAAAGGAAAAACACAGAAAAAUAAAGCAACAACCACCACAUCGGAAUGUGCAGUAGUACACGAUGGUAAGGAUCCAGCGAUGGGUCGCGGGGAGAAAUAAUUACUCCACACGAAACCGAUAUUUGUAACAAAAAGCUUAACAAAUAAGCAAUUCACCAAGUUAAGAGAAUAAAACCAGAACAGUGUAGCGUUUAACAUGACUUUUGGAAGGUGAGGGGAUUGAAGUGAAGAAGGGAUACGUCUGCCAAACUUCUGUAGUACGAAUAAGGCAACAAACAAAACUAACGAAUAACGCAGAGGAAGCAAAAGGUAGCCAAAGCGUCCUCGAAUGUCCCGAAACACACGUUUGCCGGCUGCCACGAUUGGAGGAGCUUUUGUGGUGUGAAAGCACAAGGGGUAAGAAGUAACAGAAACAUACGCGUAUACAAUAAUGUUACAACGCUGAAAAGGAGGGGGGAAGUAAACAACAGUAUAACAGUGGGUAGGGAGCAGAGUAUAACAGAGCUGUUUGGGUGAAACAUACCCUCAGCAGCGGAAAGCCAUGAAGGUGUUACAUCACAAAUAACAUUAACAACACUGAUGGACAAUUUAGGCGAAAUAUUAAAUUUAUCUUAUUGCUAAGAUUUAGAGAGCAGAGAACCAGAAAAAUACAAUGGUGGAUAUAAGAAUGUUAAACCGGUUUAGGGCAAAGUAACACAUGCAUAAUGAAAUCCACAAUUUAUUGACCGAGGUACCGGGGCAAGCAUGCAGCUAGUGAAAAUUCGGGUUUGAUUGAAUGAGUGGUGAAGAUACCACAAGAUACCGCUCACAUACACACUUCGUUGCACUAACACGUAAGCAAUAAAACGUGUAAGUGUGUGUAUGUGUGUGUGUGUGUAUGAGUCUAUGUAUGUGUGUAUUCACACUCGUAUUCAAUAACACACUAGACCGUCGUGGUUUUGCAAACCUUCACUCGUUUUAAAUGUACGGCAAACAAACCAAACAUCAACAGCAAACAACCUAAUAGUUGUCGGGCUAAGUAGUUGUAAUUAUCUCGGUAAUCUCUCUAACGCAGGGCUAGCGUUACAGACAUUAAAACAAACAAAAAAUCACGAAACAGACAAAGUAUGUGCGUGUUUCUGAUUUUUCGUUGUACAAUUUGGCCAACCGCUGAACCGGAAAACGAGAUUCGCCACCAGAUGAAAGUAGGGGCAUUAACAUACCUUUGCGAAAUGCGGUACAUAGUAAGUUGUAUAAAGAAAGGGUAGGACCGAGAGGAAUUAAUGUUGAACCGGUGAUGGUACGCGCUGGAGGUGUGUUAGUUUUGUUCGUUGUGAUGUGACAAGUUGUUGUUUUUUCGCGUGAAUCGUUUUAUGUUACGUUUGUGUUGGAGCUGAAUUUCGUACAUGCGGGUGCCACGUUUAGUGUGGGGUUAUUGGGAGAUAGGGGAAGAAAAGUGAGUAAGGACACCAUAGAGCCUGCGGAACCGGAAGGAAGGUGUUAGUAGUGUAACAGGAACAUGGAAGUACCGAAAGAGAGAGAGAGAGAUAGAGAGGAAAAAUACACACAAAAGAAAUACAAUGCUAUUACUACUAAGAGAUGACUAAUCCGCAGGAAUAUGAGAUGUACACUAGUUUUUAUUAAUGAAAACAAAACAACCUUCCAACUAGCGCAAUACCAUGCAAGCGUGCUAGCGUAUAGACACAGCAGAAGUAGAAGGAACAGCAUAGGAAAACCGUUGCACCGAUCACCGAUUAACACAUCGUAUACACACACA